UUACCAGUCCCAACUACAUAGCAUAUUAACAGUGUCUUUCUUGUUUCUAUAAAUAAAUCGCUAAACAAAUUAAGCAGACGCCAUUUCUUAAUCUGUCUCAUUCAUUCCUUUUGCCUUCUUCUCCUCCUUUUCUGUCUUCUCUCUUACGGGUUUUCACUUUUGAUUAAAAAAAAAAAUUCUUGGUCCCUUUUCCUUACCUGGGUUACUGGGUAUAAUAACCAAAUAAUGGGAAUCGUAUAUUCCCCAAUGAUGGGAAGAGAACCUGUGUCCAGUGCUACUGCUACGCUCUGAUUUUUCUUAUUUCUUGUCUCUUUGCCAACCGUUGUGAAUUGGCAAUGCUUGAACCUAGGUCCCUGUCUUGAAGAACCAAGCUCAAGCUGAAGCUCAAAUCCUUGUAAGUUCCAGUAGCAAAGUAGCAGUGGAUACAGGAACUUCUUUUUCAUCACUAUCAAUUAAUCAAUAAAUAUAUCAGCCAAACCAAACUUCUGUGCUUGCUGUUUUGUUUGAGGUAUUCUCUUAUGAUGAGAGAAAACGUCACAAUCUACUAGGCUGGAAAGGGCUUAUAGGAGGGUAUUUAUUCACUUGGAGACUCAAAAUUUAUAGUCAUAUUCAUUCACACACACACACACCUCAUCAGCACCUAUGGAAGCACAAAGCCCUCGCCAUUCACAAGUCAUUGAAAUCAGUGGAGAUCUUCCUGACUUAGGAAGGAGGAACGGAGGAGUAAGUAGAAAAAUUUGUGGGGAAGCAGCAUGUGGGUUCUCUAAGGAUUCCGAAGAGAGAUCAGCUUCGAUGCGAAAGCUUUUAAUAGCAGUGGUGCUUUGUGUUAUUUUCAUGAGCGUUGAAGUAGUUGGAGGGAUCAAAGCAAAUAGUCUGGCAAUAUUAACUGAUGCAGCACAUUUGCUUUCAGAUGUUGCAGCAUUCGCAAUCUCUUUGUUUUCUUUAUGGGCUGCUGGAUGGGAAUCCAAUCCUCGCCAAUCAUACGGGUUUUUCAGGAUAGAGAUUCUCGGUGCUCUGCUUUCUAUCCAGUUGAUAUGGUUGCUUGCUGGGAUUCUAGUGUAUGAAGCCAUUCAGAGAAUUAUUUCAGGGACUCGUGAGGUCAAUGGCUUCUUAAUGUUCCUUGUUGCUGCAUUUGGUUUAGUUGUUAACAUCAUUAUGGCUUUCUUAUUGGGUCAUGAUCACGGCCAUAGCCACAACCAUGCACAUGGUAGUGAUCAUGAUCAUCAUGGCACAAAACACACAAAAAAGGAUUCUACACCGCUUCUUGGGGAAUCCAAAAAUGUGAAUGUGCAGGGGGCUUAUCUGCAUGUACUUGGAGAUUCUAUCCAGAGUGUGGGGGUAAUGAUUGGUGGAGCAAUCAUAUGGUGGAAGCCGGAGUGGCAAAUAGUUGACUUAAUUUGCACUCUAGUAUUUUCGGUAAUUGUUUUGGGGACAACUAUAAACAUGCUGAGGAACAUUCUGGAAGUUCUGAUGGAGAGCACGCCGCGUGAAAUAGACGCGGCGGAGGUCCAAAGGGGGCUGCUGGAGAUGGAAGAAGUGUUGGCUGUUCAUGAGUUGCAUAUUUGGGCCAUCACUGUUGGGAAGGUUUUGCUGGCUUGCCAUGUUAUAGUUAGGCCAGAAGUGAAUGCAGACAUAGUGCUGGACAAGGUUAUUGACUAUAUCACAAGAGUUUAUAAUAUUAGUCAUGUCACUAUACAGAUAGAGCGCUAGACGCUAGUUCUCUCUAUCAUAAUAAUUUUUCUAGUAAUCUUUAUAGAUAUGAUUGUACUCGUGGGAAACAGAAAGAGAGUACCUAGAUACCUGCCAUGGUAUUCUGUUUUGGAGUUUGUACUUGUCAAAAUUUGUGUUACGGCAGUGUCAUGGGACCACUCUUUGAAAGUUAAUGCAAAAUUGGUACGUACUUGGAGUGUCACGGACUUACAGUCCAUGUGUAGUCAAAAAUGUAAAUUCACCUAUGGGUAAAUAAGUGAUCACAGAAGAGUAACUUAUUUCUGUCUAUUC